AAAAGAAUUCCUCUGGCGGAACCUUUACCCUGGUUGGAGGAGCCAGGGGGAGGAUGUGAGAAAACGGGAGGGGGAGGCUUUAGACAGUUGCACCCAAGGAGCCUGGGAGGAGGGGGGCGCGGUGUGAGGGAGCUAAGCAUUGUGGGGAUUGCCGGUAGUUUCGGCGGGUACUGUUAAAAUGGCGCCGCGGUUACGCGCUGUCCCUAACCAUUAGGCAAGCGGUCGGCAGCGGAGGGUGCCUUAGACCUGCGUGGGGGGGCGGGGGAAAAGAGACGAGUAGACCGGCCAGGUGUGAGGGCAAGCACGGCGGCAAAAGCUACCUUUACGCGCCAGGGGAGAAGAAGGGGCAGGAGUCAGGUGAAAGAGGAGAGGGCGGGGGGCAGAGCGGUGGUGGCGGUCCACUCUCCCCCCACCCCCGUGGGCGCGCGCUUCCACCUCUUCUCUCCCCCGCCCCCUCCAGCCCCGCGCGAGGAUGGCGACUCCGGAUCAGAAGUCCCCGAAUGUUCUGCUGCAGAACCUGUGCUGCCGGAUUCUGGGCAAGAGCGAAGCUGAUGCAGCCCAGCAGUUUCAAUAUGCAGUUCGAGUUAUUGGUAGCAACUUUGCCCCAACAGUCGAAAGAGAUGAAUUUCUAGUGGCUGAAAAAAUCAAGAAAGAACUUGUUCGACAAAGAAGGGAAGCAGAUGCUGCAUUAUUUUCAGAACUCCACAGGAAACUCCAUUCACAGGGAGUUUUAAAAAAUAAAUGGUCAAUACUCUAUCUCCUGCUUAGUCUCAGUGAAGAUCCACGGAAGCAACCAAAUAAGGUUUCUAGUUAUGCCACACUAUUUGCUCAAGCAUUACCAAGAGACGCCCAUUCAACUCCUUACUAUUAUGCUAGACCUCAGAGCCUCCCAUUGAAUUACCAAGAUCGGAACACCCAGUCUGCACAAAGUUCUGGCAGUAUGGGAAGCAGUGGAAUCAGCAGCAUAAGCAUGUAUGCUUUAAAUGGUCCAACACCAACACCACAAUCUCUCCUUCCAGGACAGUCUUAUCAAACCACAGGCAUAGGAGAUUGCUUUCGACAGCAGUUGGGGUCACGUCUUGCAUGGACAUUAACUUCAAAUCAGCCUUUACAAACCACUACCUCAAAAGGUCUACCAAAUACUGUUUCUCGUAAUAUGACUAGAUUAAGAAGAGAUGCAGAUACGAGUGGUGCUAUAGAAAUAACCGAAGCAGCCCUUGUAAGAGAUAUUUUAUACGUCUUCCAGGGAAUAGAUGGCAAGUACAUCAAAAUGAGCAAUUCUGAAAAUUGCUAUAAAGUUGAAGGAAAGGCAAACCUAACCAGAUCUUUGAGAGAUACGACAAUAAGACUUGCUGAGUUAGGAUGGCUGCAUAAUAAAAUCAGAAAAUACACUGACCAGAGGAGUUUAGACCGAGCAUUUGGACUUGUAGGUCAGAGCUUUUGUGCUGCCUUACAUCAAGAACUUAAAGAAUAUUAUAGACUACUCUCUGUUUUACACUCUCAGCUUCAGCUAGAGGAUGAUCAAGGUGUAAAUUUGGGACUUGAAAGCAGCUUAACACUUCGUCGUCUCCUAGUCUGGACAUAUGAUCCUAAAAUAAGGUUGAAGACUCUUGCUGCUCUGGUCGAUCACUGUCAAGGAAGGAAGGGUGGUGAACUAGCAUCAGCAGUCCAUGCCUAUACUAAAACAGGAGAUCCAUAUAUGAGAUCCUUAGUACAACAUAUUCUCAGUUUGGUGUCACAUCCUGUUUUGAAUUUUCUUUACCGUUGGAUAUAUGAUGGAGAGCUGGAAGAUACAUACCAUGAAUUUUUUGUAGCUUCAGAUCCUACAGUUAAAACUGAUCGGCUGUGGCAUGACAAGUAUACUUUAAGGAAAUCUAUGAUUCCUUCUUUUAUUACAAUGGAUCAGUCCAGAAAGGUUCUUCUGAUAGGAAAAUCUAUUAAUUUCUUGCAUCAGGUUUGUCAUGAUCAAACACCAACUGCAAAGAUGAUAGCUGUGACAAAAUCCACAGAAUCCCCAAAAGAUGCUGCAGACUUAUUCACAGAUUUGGAAAAUGCAUUUCAAGGAAAAAUUGAUGCAGCUUAUUUUGAGACCAGCAAAUACUUAUUGGAUGUUCUUAAUAAAAAAUACAGUUUAUUGGAGCACAUGCAGGCUAUGCGGCGAUAUUUACUUCUUGGUCAAGGAGAUUUUAUAAGGCACUUAAUGGACUUGCUUAAACCAGAGCUUGUCCGUCCAGCUACCACUUUGUAUCAGCAUAACUUGACAGGAAUUCUUGAAACUGCUGUCAGGGCAACUAAUGCACAGUUUGACAGUCCUGAAAUCCUUAAACGACUGGAUGUUAGACUUCUGGAGGUAUCUCCCGGUGACACUGGAUGGGAUGUGUUUAGCUUGGACUAUCAUGUUGAUGGACCAAUUGCAACUGUGUUUACUAGAGAGUGCAUGAGUCAUUAUCUAAGGGUUUUUAACUUUCUUUGGCGAGCUAAACGGAUGGAAUAUAUCCUCACUGACAUACGGAAAGGACAUAUGUGCAAUGCAAAACUCCUGAGAAAUAUGCCAGAGUUCUCUGGGGUGCUGCAUCAGUGUCACAUUCUGGCAUCAGAAAUGGUCCAUUUCAUUCAUCAAAUGCAGUAUUAUAUUACUUUUGAGGUACUUGAAUGUUCAUGGGAUGAACUUUGGAACAAAGUCCAGCAAGCUCAAGAUUUGGACCACAUCAUUGCAGCUCAUGAGGUGUUCUUAGACACUAUUAUCUCUAGAUGUCUGCUGGACAGUGACUCCAGAGUCCUUUUAAAUCAACUUCGAGCUGUAUUUGAUCAAAUUAUUGAACUUCAAAAUGCUCAAGAUGCAAUAUACAGAGCUGCUUUGGAAGAACUACAGAGGAGAUUGCAGUUUGAGGAAAAGAAAAAACAGAAUGAAAUGGAGGGUCAAUGGGGAAUCACAGCAACAGAGGAAGAAGAGGAAGAAAAGAGGAUUAGAGAAUUUGAAGAAUCUAUUCCAAAAAUGUGUUCCCAGUUGCGAAUAUUGACACAUUUUUACCAGGGUAUUGUACAGCAGUUUUUGGUGUUACUGACAACAAGUUCUGAUGAGAGUCUUCGGUUUCUUAGCUUUAGAUUGGACUUCAAUGAACAUUAUAAAGCAAGAGAGCCAAGGCUUCGAAUGUCUUUGGGCACUAGAGGGAGACGUAGUUCCCACAUGUGAACAAAUUCCCAAACUGAAUAUAUAAAGGAUGUUAAAUAUUUGAUUGGACAUAAAGAUCCACACUUAAGAAUGAAAAACAAAUGGCCUGAAGCUCUGUUUGCCCAUAAGACACAUGAAUGUGUGGCAUCAUGGUAGAAAUACAAAAGACAAAUCUUGUUUAUACAUUGGAAUCAAAUACAUUUGUUACAAAGUUAAAUAGAUCAGUUUGCACUAUUCCGAUUUAUUUUUUGAAACCUCAUAUUUAAAGAAUAUCAUGUUUUGUGGAGCUUUUUAAGCUUCAUACUUUUAUUAUUUAUAUUCAUCAUUUCAAAAAUCACAAUUUUUUUUUUUUGCAGGAAAUAGAUGGUUGGGUAUUGAGUUAAGGUGUGAUGUCAUUAACUUUUUUAAAGCAUCCUGUCUAGAGACAGUUUUUGUUAAUAAUAAAUCAGUCAGACCCUGAAAUAUUGUCCUUACCAAGAAAAUACAUGAAGUGUUUUAUUAUACUGAUUUUAAUGUUGUAAUGUAUUUGCCUGUGUGAGAACAUUUGUAUCUUGAUACAUUAACUUUACAUAUAUGUUUUCUUUCUUGCUUCCAAGUUUACAUUUUUAUAUUUGAUUUACUAAUCCAGGUAACUUCUAAAAGUCAUAUGCAAAAAUAUAGAAAAACACUAAUAGAAUUGACGUAAAACAAAAAUACACAAGCAUUUAAGUUUAGAUCUCUCAAUUGUCAGAAAAAAUAUGUGUAAAUAAAUAUAGAUGUGACUGAAACAUUUUGUGUUCAAAAUUCUGAUGUGUAUUAGAAAGAAAUUGAUUAUAUAAUGAAGAUAUCCUUUUGACUUGGCUAUUUUUUCAUUGUAAAUAUUUAUAUAUAUAUAUAUAUAUUACUGUUAGAGAAAUUUUUUUUGUAAAAAUGUCAUUAUAUUAAGUCAUUUAAGUCUCCAUUUAUUAUGUUCCAUGCAUAAAAGUUUAGAAAAAUUAAAAUACAAUUAUCUUUCAAAUAUAUUGUCUAUUUCUUGACUAAUUUGGAAAGACAUACUUAAUGUGGAGGAGACCAGAGAGAGUUAGAUUUAAAAUGUUACUCUAUGUAUUAUUAUUUGUUUUCCAAAGUUAGGAAAUGCAUAUUAUGGAACUUAAUGUAUAGAAAGAAGAAUGAAACUCAGCAGUUUCUCACUUAAAAUCCAUUUCUUUUUCUCAUCUUGUCUAUUCCAAAUUCCUUGCAAUUAGAAAUUUGAAUUAGAGAAUGAAGUUUCAUAAUUUCUGGCAAUACAGAACUAAACUCUCAAGUUUAGAAUUCUUAAUGGUAUAAAUAUGAAGGCAUGAUAAUUCUAAUUUGAUAAUAGUUUAAAAAUAGCAUGGAGAAUGAAUUUUUAAUUCAUUAAAAUAUGGAUAAUUUAUGUAGUCCCGUACAUUGCUAUUGAAUCUUCCAAAUCUUGAUCCUUUAACCAGUUCAACUUUAUACACUUGAACUCCUUUCCCCCAUUGUCCCACAAUUCCUGUUCAUUCUUUUUGAACUUCAAAAAUUCCACUAUCUACCAUUUCUCCUAAUACUUCCAUUACUAUACAAUAUUACAGUUGGAAAUCAUACAAUGAUCCAUUAUAAAUUUGUUAUUCAUUUUCAACUGGGACUUCAUUGCUUCCUUUCAAUCCUUUUAUUCAUUCCUUAUUCACACUGUCAUACUUUCCAUAUCAGCUAUUACAAACUUUUUUCUUCUUGAGAUCCCAGUAUUGCUCUCUCCUUAGAAAAGGAAUUCACCUCAUACUUCAGUGAAAAAAUUGAAUCCAUUUAUUAAGAGCUCCUUUGCCACUUUUCAAGUCUCCUCAACAGUCAUCUGCUAUUUUCUCCUUUGUUUUCGUCUAAUCUAAGAGAAUCUCCUUAUCAACAUUAAUUCUAGCUCCUAUACUUGUGUACUUGAUCCCAUACCCUCUUGUUUUUGUCUUUAAUCAUCCUUUCUUCCCUAAUUUUUUUUACUAAUUUUCUUUUUCCUUAAAGAAACUUUAAUAUUUUUUGUUAUUGAAUUUCUUUUAUCUCACUCUUUUCUUCUUCCUGGCAGAGAUAUCUUACAAUAACGAAAAAUUUAAACGAAAAAUUUAAAAAAGAAGAAAAUUGAGAAGUACCAGUCAAUAAACAUAUUAAACAAAACAAAAAAAAAUGACAUGUAAUCUUUCAUAUCUGUGGAUCCUCAAUCUGUAAAAGAGUUGGUAAAGAGGUCUUCCCAGACCUCUUUAUUGCAAACUUGGUUCUUAUAAUUUAACAACAUUUAAGUUAGAAUGUAUUAUGGGUUCAUUUUCCAUUUAUACUGUUAUAGACUUGUAUUUUGUGUUUGUGGCUCUACUUCAUUCUUCAUUAGUUUAUUUAAUUCCAUGCUUCUCUGUAGACUUAACGCUUGCCAUUUCUUAAAGCAUAAUAAUAUCACAUACAUUCCUGUAUGAAAAUUUGUAAAGCUAUUUGAAAAACUGUAAGUGUCUACUUUGUUUCCAGUUCUAUGUCAACACAAAAAGUGCUUUUAUAGUUUUUUGCCACACAUGUCAAAGACCUCCUUGUUCCCCACAGUUUUCAAUCUCUCCUUUUAAAGUGAUUGCUUUCCCAUUGCCUUCAAACAUGUUCAAAUCUCCUCCAUAUUAAAAUUUUUAAUAAUAGUAAUUAAUUUAAAUAAGCUCCCUCUUUGGUGCUUUCUGUAUGAUCACUUUUAGUUUCCUUUACAGAAUUAACAUACAUGUUCCACACUCUGGUGUAUCUCAGAGCUACACCCUAGUCUCUUAAUUUCUUUCUCACUUUCUCCAAAUAUUUUCAUUAGCUUUCAUGGAUUCAACCAUCCUCUCUGUAUAUAUAACUUCCAUAUCUACACAUCCAUUCCUCAUCUCUCUGUGUUCUGUUCCCACAAUACCAAAUACUUAUUGGAUGUGUCCCCUCGUCUUUAAUUCUAACACAUCUCAAAAUAGAUAUAUCCCAACUUAAGUCAUUCUAUUUCCCACUGAAGCCAAACUUCCCUAGGAAGUGCAAGAUCAUUCUUCAAGUAACCCAUAAUUUCAACCUAGUUCCAUCCUUGACUCUUCCCUUUAUAUGUAUUAAACCCAUUGCUAGGCUUCCUGAAUUCUACAUUCACAUUUACUGCAUCUACCCCUUUUACUGUAGUCAUGCUGCAAAUAACCCAAUUCAAACCCUAAUUACCUCUCACAGUUAUAACAGUAACUUCUUAAUUGGUCUCCUUGAAGUCAGGAUCUCCCCUCUCCAAUUCAUUCUCCUUCCUUCCAAAUUGAAAUUCCUAAACGCAGAUCUGACCAUGUAACUUUCCUGUUCAAGAAGCUUUAGUAGGUCCUCAUUGCCUUUCAGAUAAAAUAUAAACAUGCUCUGUCAUUUAAUAAUAGUAACCUUUUUUCCCCAGGAUGAUUACACACUAUUCUAUACAUUUUAUACUCUAGUCAAAUGUAGUUGCUUCUUGUUCCCUGCAUGGCAUACCAUCUGUCUCCAUAGCUUUUCACAGACUGUAGUCAGUGCCUGAAUUUGUGUCAUAAUUUCUGCCUUUUAGAAUCUCUAGUUCCCUACAAGAUGUGUCUUUUAACCCUUGUAUCACCUCACUCCCACAAAGCAACAACAACAAAACAACCUUUGUAUUUAUUUUUUAGGUAUCUUGUAUUUAUUUGUGAAUGUUGUAUCCCUCCAGAAGAAUGUAAACUCUUGAGGAUUGCCUUAUUUUUGUCUUUAUAUCCUAACACUUAGCCACAAUGCCUGCUACUGUUAUAUAAUUAAUAAAUGCAGGAUGAUUGCUUGAUCAA